AUGGAAACACCAUCAGAGACGUUCCUCCGCCUCCGGUCCACUCAGCUCCACCAGCAGCCUGCACAAGGACCGUUUGUUUACUAUGAGGACAAACCCGCCACCACCACCGGACCCCGAGAACCCACCACCAAGAACCCGCCACCACCACCGGACCCCGAGAACCCACCACCAAGAACCUGCCACCACCUAGAGGCCGAGAACCCGCCACCACAAGAGCCCGCCUCAACCAGGAGCCCAAGAGUCCGCCACCACCAAGAACCCGAGAACCUGCCACCACUGAGGACCUGCCACCACCUAGAGCCCUGGAAACCCGCCACCACCGAGAACCCGAGGGCCCACCGCAACCGAGCACCCUGCCCUGCCACUCAGAGCCCGCCGCCACCUAGAACCCACCACCACCUAGAGCCUGAGAACCCGCCACCACCUAGAGCCCGCCUCAACCAGGAGCCCAAGAGUCCGCCACCACGAGAAUCCAAGGACCUGCCACCACUGAGGACCCGCCACCACCGAGAGCCAGAGAGCCCGCCGCCAUCAAGUGGCUUCUGUUCCCGUCCCCAUGAAGUUGCUGCUGACAGCUGCGGUCAGCGUGUCUGCCGGCCCUCGCCUCGCUUUAUUCCCCCAAUCAGGCCUGUAGCCUCACGCCCGGCUGACGGCUGCUGUCAUCUGAACAUGCUAACAGGCCGCCCACACCCUGCAGCCGCCUCUUACCCCAGAAAUGAGAGGGCCGGGGCUGGGGCCAGGGGCCUCUCUGGGGCCGGGGCCAGGGGCUGGGGCUUGGGGGCCAGGGCCCUGGAGCUGCUGCAGACUCCACCCUCCAACCCUCCAGACCUCCAGACCUCCAGACCGACUCAAGGCUGA